AUGUCUCUCAAGCAGAUAUCGCAGCCUCUCGCAAGGCUUAGCGCCUCUGCGACAGCAUCAGUCAGGCUCUGCAGAGCUUCCCGACCUCUUGCAGCAUCAGCUCGAGCUGUACAACGCUCUCAAAGAUGCGGUCCUCGCCCGGUCUUCCUCGCGGGCCAGCGGAGAGCCUUUUCCUCGGCGAUACGCCACCGUUACGCUGACGUCGAAGAAGCCUUCGAUCCAGCCUCGGUCGAACGAGAAGCUGAUGAGGUGGACGUAUGCAUAGUCGGCGGUGGGCCAGCCGGCCUCAGUGCUGCCAUACGAUUGAAGCAGCUCGCGAACGAAGAGGGCAAUGAAGAGUUUCGGGUGGUCGUACUAGAGAAGGCCGCCGAAGUGGGCAAUCACAUACUAUCAGGCAACGUCCUAGAGCCUCGAGCUAUAAACGAGCUGCUACCAGACUGGCUAGCAGAGGACAACGAGAACCGCUUCCAGCAUGUAACACCUGCAGGCAAGGACAAGAUGCGGUUUCUCACCAAGACAGGCUCAAUACCUUUGCCUGCGCCUCCACAAAUGCACAACCAUGGUAACUACAUCAUAUCACUUUCGCAAUUCUCAAAGUGGCUAGGCGAGCGCGCCGAAGAAAUUGGAGUCGAGGUUUACGCCGGAUUUGCUGGCGCCGAAGUACUGUAUGGCCAUGACGGAGCCGUGAAAGGUGUCGCAACCAACGACCAGGGCGUUGGCCGCGAUGGCAAAGCCAAGGCCAACUUCGAGCGUGGCAUGGAAUUUCACGCACGCGUGACCCUGCUGGCCGAGGGCUGCCACGGGUCUCUCACCAAAAGAGUCAUGAAGAAAUACGACCUGCGUCGGGAAUCAUCCCCACAGACCUACGGUCUCGGCGUAAAAGAGGUAUGGGAAGUGCAACCAGAGAAGUUCAAAAGCGGCGAGAUCUCCCACUCCAUGGGCUAUCCGCUGUCCAAGAACACUUAUGGCGGUGGCUGGAUGUACCACUUCGGCGAUAAUUUGGUUUCUAUCGGCCUGGUCGUGGGCCUUGACUACUCUAACCCAUGGAUUGCUCCAUACGGCGAGUUUCAGCGCAUGAAGCUUCAUCCCUUCUACAAGUCUGUUCUGGAGGGCGGCAAGUGCAUCGCCUAUGGUCGCUUUCCCUGGCGGCGCCUCAUCGGCGACACCGCUGGCUUCUUGAACGUCCCCAAGAUCAAAGGCACCCACACCUCCAUGAAGUCUGGCAUGCUAGCCGCGGAGGCCGCAUACACAGCAAUCAAGAAUACCAGCACCGACUCUGGCUCCGUCUUCCUGUACGACUACGAAAAGUCUCUACGGGAGUCAUGGAUAUGGUCCGAGCUCAAAGCUGUGCGGAACAUGCGUCCGUCCUUCCACACGUCGCUCGGCAUAUACGGAGGCAUUAUGUAUUCGGGCCUCGAGGCGUACAUCUUCCGCGGCAAAGUGCCGUGGACCUUGCCCCAUCCGAAGUCCGACGCUGCGGCCACAAAGCCUGCCGACCAAUUUCAAAAGAUCGAGUAUCCGAAGCCAGACGGUGAAAUCACCUUCGACAUCCUCACCAGUGUGAGUCGGACCGGAACAAACCAUGAAGAAGACCAGCCCGUGCACCUACAGGUCAAGGACUGGGAUGCGCAUGCACAAAAGGCAUGGCCAGUGUACAAGGGCAUCGAGAAUCGAUUUUGUCCAGCGGGUGUGUAUGAGUAUGUCGAGGACGAUACCAAGGAUCUGGGCGUGAGGUUCCAGAUCAAUGCGCAGAACUGCAUUCACUGCAAGACCUGCGACAUCAAGGUCCCGACGCAGGACAUUAAUUGGCAAACCCCACAGGGUGCCGAAGCCCAGCAGCAGCACGUCCAGGAGAUCCUACCAGCCAUCUCAGAGCUUCUCGACGAGAUCUGGCUGCUGGUUUUGUCUAGCACUGACCAGUAA